AUGGCCACCGAUCCAGGCCUUGAUGAAGGCGGCGAUCCAGCUCAUAACACAGAUCACAUCGUCUUCGUAGUGUCUGCCCAGAAAGAAUCGCUUCUCGGCCUCUACGAUACCAGCGACAAAGUAACGGAGCUAGAGCGCAUCACGGCUACGUCAGCAGAGGCUCCAAGUGAGCGCAACCUCCAACUCACCUCAGUAGCGUCAACACAAAGCCCGGCGCCGGAUCGACUCUUUGCUUUGCCCGCCGAACUUCGCGAGUGGAUCUUCGUGCUGGCCUUGUCAUACAUGUGGGAUGCCGGCGACGACGUCCGCCGCUGUCAAGGCGCAAGAACCGACCAUAAGGUCGGCCCUGGGAGAGGACCGACACUUCCAGCGCUUGCCUUGACCUGCUCACAAGCGUACGCCGAAGUCGCAGCAGUUUACUACCGCGAGGAGUACUUCUGCUUCAGGUUCGGGUACCAGGAGUACACCGAUUACUCAGCCCCCCCGACGACGUUCGGCGACUGGCUCGGCAGUCGCAUGCCUGGGCACCGCGAAAUCGUACUGGCCAACCUCAAGCAAGUGCAGCUCAAAUGCCCAACCACCCAAUACGGCGAAGAGCCAAGGCUCGACGUAAAACUGGGAAACGACGGAAAGGUCAGCAUACAAUUCUACGGGUUCUGCCACUGCAAAUGCUCGCUGCGAAAGAUGCUCGAUCGAUGCAAUAAAGCAAGCACAGCUGCGGACGCGCAGGGGCACAAUCGUCUGAUCAAGUACAUCGAGGAGGUUGAGCAGCAUUUGAACUUGCCUGUGGCGAGAGCGGCGUCAUGGAGGAGGAAGAUUUGCAAACUGGUCCCUGUCAUGGUACCAUCACCAAGGUCAAUCCAUGUCGAGAGUGAUUGCCACGGCUUGGUCUUGCCAGAAGACCCGGACGGGCAGGAGGGCUGGGUGGCAUUUGAGCGCGGGCGGCAGUCGCUUCACCGGGAAAGUCCAGUCCGUCGAAUCUGCGGAGAGUUUCGAGCCGUCGAGCAUUUCACCUAUGCCGAAUGGCGGCCGCGGCUCUCAUAG